AUAUGUCAUUAGUUUUUACAAAUACAAUUUGACAUAUUGAAUAUUCGCCGUAAUUCGUAAAUGAUUUGUAAAAAAUAAAUAAUAUUCAGUAAACUAUUAUCGUCUAUUGCUUAAAUUUUAGACUUACCUAUCUCUUUUAAGUUAAGUGUAAAUAUAAGAAUUAGUUUUCGGUUGCCAGACAAACUACUAAAGAUUGGAAGAUGUCGUUCCAUAAAAUUAUCCUGACUGUUGGAUUUAUCUCCUUAUUCCAUUCAGCAUUUUCUGCAGCUCAGCAUCGAUCCUAUCUACGAAUAACAUCACAAGAGUUUACAACACUGCCUUUAGAUAUUGUUAUCCAAGCGGUUGGCAGCCUAUUUGCAGUAAUGUGGGGAGUGUUACAUGUAGCUGGGAACCUGAGAGAAAUCCAAGCAGCAGCAGAAAUGAACAAUACAACUUGGGAAACCCAGAAGAAUAUACCAUCAUUUUAUAUAUUUAAUCAUAGAGAGAAAGCACUUACUAGUAAUUAUGUACCAAGCUCUGGUAAAGGGGAUUUGGAGAACUUAGAAUAAUUAAAUAAAUUUUUUAAAGAAA